AAAAGGCGCGGGUGACCAAGCAGGCGGGCCGUGCAGCGGAUUCCUCCCGGGAAAGGCGUCUUGUUUACGCCUUUUGCCGCGCAGAAAAGGCAGCGCUCGAUUGGCGCGUUAAUUGUUCCAGCUCAGCCGGAGCUGCGGGCUGCCCCGUGCCACGGUCGGCGUGUUAGUCGUGGGGAAGAGAUGCCGAAGCGGUCCUGCCCGUUCGCGGACUCGUCCCCGGUGCAGCUGAAGACGCGCGUGCGGCUGAAGGAGCUGAGCCAGGGCGUCAUGGGCGAGAGGUACCGGCGCGAGAUCUUCGAGAAAACCAAACAACUACUCUUCAAAGGGGCUCAAACAUACAUGAACAAUACUUGCAAUGCAAGUGCAGUGGGAACAUAUCUAAUUGCACAAUAUCCAGAAUCAUGUAUAGACAAAUCAGAAAUUUGUUCCUGGCACAGAUGUAAUGGACAAAUGUUAAUUGGGCAGGAUGGAAAACUUCGACAACCCUGUGCAAGUGAAAUGGAUCAGAGGAUGUUGGAGAUCAAAUCUUUUGCAGUGGCUGCUCAAUGUACAAAUAAUAAACAGCUGUUUUUAGGAAAUGGUUGUCAUUUGUGUUGUAAAGAAAGUAUUGCUUUUAAAUAAUUAGGUUUUUGAGAUACUGGAGUGCCUUUUUCUAAAUAUUGUAUAUUCUGUAAUUGUAGUUUAAUAUAAUAAAUAUUUUCUAUUUUGAUAAGACCUGAUUUUUGUGUUGCUUGAUAAAAUAUGGAUCUUAUAUUCCUUGUAGAGAAUAUAGAAGGGAUUCUUAGUAUUUCCAGACAAGCAGUCAGAUUUGUCUUGGAGACCUAGUGGAGUACAUAUGUUGCAUCAGCAGGGGGUUAGGAGUUGGAGAGUGUUCAAAUAUCUAAGUGAGUAAGCAGGGUGCGUUUACUUGAACAUAACGUGACAUAUUGUUUUUGCAGUAUCCAAUAAAAGAAAAUAGUUUAUAGAUUUGAUUUCUAAUUGAAAAUCACUAUCCUAAUCUUAAAAUAAUUCUUCUCUU